GUCACGAAACUUCCUGAAAUUUCCCAAGCGUGCUCCGCCGAAAGCACCCCCUCUCUGGUUCUUCUUUCGACAUCCUUGGCGCACGCCGCCCCAGCAGCCGCUCCAGCAGCCGCCGGUAAACACCCAACUCAACUCAUUCGCACAUCCCCAUCUCCAUCUCCCGUUUUUGAUUGGCACGAAACAGCGGCCGAAAACGCCCCUAUUCGGUUUACUAUUCGCUUGAGCUCAUCUCCGAAGAAUGCUGCCGAUCCGAACAACCCACUGCGAAGAAAGAUGUCAUCCAAAAAGCUAUUCAUAUCGAUCGGAACCCACCUCCACUUUGCCCUAGAUGAAGCCGAUCUUGUUGACGGCGCCCUUAUUAAAUUUGGUGAGGGAAUUAACGAUGUUAACAUAACUUGCAACGGUGCUGCCCUCACCGUUGUCGACGACGAGGUCGUAGCCAACAUGAAGCCAAUCAUCGAAUUUGCGUUGCCAUCUAAAACUGAAAAGUCGUCUAAAACUGAAGAGCCGGUAAUUAUUGAUGCUGAAAAGAAGGAAGUUGAAUCUGAAUCAUCUUUGAAUCCAUAUGCUUUCAAAAUGGGCUCCUCAUCCAAGACUGCUCGACUGACUAGAACACAAAGGAGAAAUAGAAAUCAAAGGUUUAAGAGGAUGAAAGAAAGGCUAGGCUUCAGGAAUAUGAGCAAGCCCUCUAACAAUGAGUGGAGUUUUUGUGGAGACUUUGGGGUUUGUUGAAGUUGGACUUAUCUGUCUUCUUACUUAUUGGACUGCAGAUAAUUUCUUCAAUCUGAUGCAGCGUUCUCCAUAUUACACCCAUAUCAAUUACCUUUACUGUUAUUCCUUAUUUUACCUAAGUUCUUGCUUAUGUGUGAUGACUACUCUAGUAAUUUUAGUUAUUCCUUAUUUUGCCUGAGUUGUUGCCUAUGUGUGAAGACUAAUUUUGUUAUUUUAGUUAUUCCUGUGUAUAAAGACAUCUUUUCCCUGUAGUAGUGGUGAAAUAGUAAGUUGUAAUUGUGCA